CACGCCAGUCUGCCAUGGAGCCUAGCCCAGCCCUGGCCUGGCUCUUGCUGCUGAGCCUGCUGGCCGACUGUCUGAAAGCUGCUCAAUCCCGAGACUUCACAGUGAAAGACAUAAUCUACCUCCACCCUUCAACCACUCCAUAUCCUGGUGGAUUUAAAUGCUUCACCUGUGAGAAGGCAGCAGACAAUUAUGAAUGCAACCGCUGGGCUCCUGACAUCUACUGUCCUCGAGACACCAGAUACUGCUACACUCAGCACACCAUGGAAGUCACAGGAAACAGCAUCUCUGUCACCAAGCGCUGUGCCCCACUGGAGGAAUGCUUAGCCACGGGCUGUCGAGACUCGGAGAAUGAAGGCUACAAGAUCUGCACCUCUUGCUGUGAAGGAAAUAUCUGUAAUCUGCCGCUCCCUCGCAACGAGACUGAUGCCACGUUUGCCACAACGUCACCUAUAAAUCAGACAAAUGGGCACCCACGCUGCGUGUCAGUGAUCGUGUCCUGCUUGUGGGUGUGGCUCGGACUCACCUUAUAG